CAGUAUCUUCAGGUCUGCUGCUUGCACCCUCUGGAAAGACGGACAGGUGGACGCCGGUGGUACGAGGGUGGCGCACGCCGCUUGCAGGUACCCAGUCGCAGGCCAGUGAAACUUUCUGGAACACUACAGCAGUGGGUGUGCAAAUUCCACAUUUACAAUUACAAAUUACUUCAUCAUGCAGCCAGUGAUCACAGAUUAAGAAUGGAAGAGAUAACUACGAGGUCAGCAGCUGCAAAAGCUCUAAAAGAUACUUUUCUGAAAGCACUGAAGCGUAACGACUAUGGAAAGAUUCAAGCUCUUCUGCAGAGCAGAAAAGUUGACGUCGACACAGUAUUUGAAGUCCAGGAUGAAAACAUGGUUCUGGCGUCCUAUAAACAAGGUUAUUGGUUGCCUGGGUACAAACUGGAAUCCUCUUGGGCUACAGGACUGCACAUUUGUGUGAUGUAUGGCUAUGUAGAGAGUGCCCUGGUGUUAAUUGAACAUAAAGCUUCUAUCAACAGCCGGCCAAAUGGAAAAACACCACUACAUGUAGCCUGUGAAGUGUCCAAUGGUGACAGCGUAGCCCUGCUUUUAAAUCAUGGGGCAAAAAUUAACAGUUUUUCCAUGAGCGGACAUACACCUCUGCAUUACUGCAUUACAAAAGAAUCAACAGCUUGUGCGAAACAGCUGCUUUGGAAAGGUGCAAAUCUGGACAUCCACAGUGACAACAGGGAUGCGGAUACACCACUGCAUACAGCAGCACGCUUUGGCAUACCAGAGCUUAUAUCAAUGUAUGUUGCUCAUGGCGCCAGUGUUGACAGCGUCAAUGGACACAUGGAGACUCCACUGAUUACUGCAGCAUUCUGGGCACUGAACUAUAAGGAACAAGAGUACAGCACUGAUCACCAUCUCAUCUGCCGCAUGCUGCUGGAUUAUAAAGCUAGUGUCAAUUUACGGGAAGAGGAUUUCAAGACGGCUCUUCAUAAGGCAGCCUGGAACUGUGAUCAUAUCCUCAUUCAGAUGCUGCUAGAGGCUGGAGCAGAAGCAAACACGAUGGAUAUCAAUGGAUGUGCUCCCAUACAGUACCUUCUCAAGGUGACCUCAGUCAGACCAGCAGGUGUGCCUGAACUCUGUUACCAGUUACUGCUAAACCAUGGUGCUGCAAGAAUUUAUCCCCCACAGUUUCAUAAGGUUCUGCAAGCAUGCCACUGUUAUCCCAGGGCGAUUGAAGUAAUGAUAAAUUCAUAUGAGCAUAUAAAGGCCACACGAAAGUGGAAGCUAGCUAUACCCAGUGACGUUUUUGAGCAACACCAGGAUUUCUAUGAGUCCCUCUUUGCUGUUUGCUGUAACACGCCGCGUACUCUCAUGCAUCUGGCCCGAUGUGCGGUUCGAGCGGCAAUGAGACAUCGCUGCCACAGAUUGGUUGAACAGUUGCCUCUUCCACCUUUGUUGCAAGGAUAUUUGCUCCUGGAACCCACAGGAAUACUCUAUUAAAUAUGCCAGUGAUGUCUUUGGAUCUCACAUUAGUUGCGUUUCUCUGAUCCAGAUGACAGCUUAUUCAGAGGCGCACUGCAGAAAAGAAAAGAAAGACUUAAAACAACAAUCUGAGAAUUUCUUCAUUCUUUUCUUUCUUCCAUCACUAUGAUGUGCUAUGGGAUGCAUGAGGCGGUCAGGAAUGUUACUUUCAGUUCCCUUGGCAUCAGGAUGUGGUUGUUUCUUGAAUUAUGAGGCAGCUGAUCUAUGAAAAGGUGAGGCAAGUGAGCCUAUUGCAAAGACCAAAACAACAUUUAUAGAUAAUUACUAUAUGUAAUAAACCAAUUCCCUUUUUGUUGUUUAGUUUUCUUUCUUUGAACAAUUUGCAAAGAAAAAAAACAUGUGUGAUGAUGUCAGAUAAUUU